AAAUAAUUAAAUAAUCUAACAUCAGUUCUCUUUCUUAUUUAUAAUAUGUAGGUGGCCGCAAUAGUUACUAAUAAAUUUUUCCGCUCGAUUUUUAUGGAUUUGGAUAGGUAAGGCGAGUAGAAACCAGCCAAUGUAUUUCUUAAUAUAUAUAUGUCUAUUGCUGAAAUUUAAAUUUAAAUAUUAAUAUUUAAAAUUCAAAUAUUAGAAAUAUAAAAAAUACCUCGUUAGAGAUAUUUCGAGUUGGCCUGUCUUCGACUGCUCGAUCGUUUUACUCCACGUUCCGGUUGGUCCUGUUCUUUUUUGCGUCUCUUUUUUUUGUCUGAAGGACGAAUUCUGCGAUAGAGAGAGAGAGAGAGUUUUGUUCCACGAUUUUAGACAUUUUAUACCGUUCUGAGAAUUAUCGCAUUCGUGCUCCGAAAUCAGGGCCGAUUAGAAAGUGCUGUUUCUCAGAAUCCGGUUUGUUGCUAUUCCGACGGUAGGGAUCACAUUUUGUUGCUCGGCUACAAUAUACCGUUUCGGCGCGACAACAAUUUUCCUGAGGCAAAUUUGUUAAUCAUAAUAGAUAUAUCCUUGGCUCGAACGUUCGCGAUAAACGUUUUUGUGAAUGUUGCCGUUUUCGGUGAUCUUCUCCUUCCACACAGAGUGAAUAUUAUAUUUUUCGCUUAUGUUCAUACAUUUCAUAAUCGCGCUUGGUUUACAGCUAGUCAGACGCUCUGUUACGUAAGAUAUGACGUCAGUCCGCGUCGGGCAUAUAAAAGAAACACACGCUGCUUGUAGCAGCUAGUCACUCGUAGGCUCACGAGUCUAGAUAAAACAACCGUUACGUGACUGUUCACGAAACAUUCCGUCGUCAUCAUGGAAACUUGGAUAUUAUUGUCUAUCUUAGCUGGCACUAUCGCUAUAUACCAUUAUUUCUUUAAGGGUUUGAACUUUUUCAAGAAACAUGGAAUUCUUCAUAUACCACCGUGGCCUGUUGUGAGUAACUUGGGACCAGUUUUUCUUCGUCAAUUGCCAUUGGCCGAACUCGUUGGAAAAGUCUACAAUUUAAAUCAAGACGCCAAAUAUGUUGGUUUCUUCGACGGCAUGAAUCCAGUAGUGGUGAUUCGCGAUCCGGAUAUCAUCAAGUCCAUCAGCGUGAAAAAUUUCGACAUGUUUCCCGAACAUCGCAGUUUUAUAGAUGAAGAUAGUGAACCUCUAUUUGGCAAAAAUCUUUUUUCACUUCGCGGUGAAAAGUGGCGAGACGUGAGAACAUUAUUGAGUCCAGCUUUUACAUCUAGCAAAAUGAAAGCUAUGUUCAAGUUGAUGUCGGAUUGCGGUGCAAAUUUUGCUGACUUUCUUGUUAGCUUGCCUUCGGAUAAAAGUAUUACUGAAAUGAAGGACUGUUUCACCAGAUAUACGAAUGAUGUGAUCGCGACUUGCGCAUUCGGAAUUAGCGUUGAUUCUAUGAGAAAUCACGACAACGAAUUUUACGUUUUUGGAAAGGAAGCUACAACUUUUGGCGUUCUGCGCACCAUAAAAUUCUAUCUGAUUAGAAGUUUGCCUUUUACUAUAAAAAUGUUCCGCAUUAAAUUGAUCGACGACCACAUAGUCGAAUUUUUCAAGAAUCUUGUAAGAAGUACGAUACAGACUAGAGAUGAACAGAAUAUCGUGCGACCGGACAUGCUGCAAUUGAUGAUGGAGAGCAGAGGAAAAAGAGGACCCGGAAAAGAACUAACAAUUGACGACAUGACCGCGCAGGCAUUUAUUUUCUUCUUUGGUGGUUUCGAAACUGUUUCUACCUUGAUGUGUUUUGCUGCCCACGAAAUCGCUGUCAAUCCGAGUGUUCAAGCAAAAUUGCACGACGAGAUCGAUCAAGUUCUCAAGACAACGAAUGGAGAUUUGACUUACGAAUCGGUGAAUGGAAUGCAGUAUUUGGAUGCUGUCAUCAACGAAGCUCUCAGAUUGUGGCCUGUGCAAGUAUUCGUCGAUAGAUUGUGCGUACAAGAUUUUGAGUUACCUCCAGCGCUUCCUGGAGACAAAUCUUUUGUUGUUAAAAAAGGAAGGAGUAUUUGGUUCCCUGUUUACGGUCUUCAUCGAGAUCCAAAGUACUUCGAGAGACCGAACGAGUUUGAUCCCAAUCGCUUUCUGGAUGAGAAUAAAAAAAAUAUGAAUUUGGCUGCUUAUAUUCCGUUUGGAAUCGGUCCAAGAAUGUGUAUAGGCAACAGAUUUGCAUUGUUAGAAACCAAAGUCUUGAUAUUUCAUUUAUUAGCCCGUUGCGAAUUGAAACCAUGUGCGAAAACAACUCAUCCAAUGCGAUUGAAUAAGGCGAGUUUUCCUAUGAUGGCGGAAGGGGGAUUCUGGUUAAAGAUUGAAAAAAGAAGUAAUACUUAUAUUGAUACAUUUGCCAACAUUGUUAAAGAUGGCUAAUGGUUUAUCAAAUUAAUGAUAUUUUUAUUUAUAUUUUUUUUAUAUUCUUGACAAUUACAUCAUUUCCAAUCAAUUUCAUCAGCAUUAUUAUUAGUGUAUAAAAUAAUAUGAAAUUUUGUUACAUGUGUUUAGUCACGUUUUAUGAAUAGUUUUACAUUACAUCAUUCCAUAUUUUACAUAAAACAUUCCAUAUUUGUAUUAUUGGAUGAAAUCUGCACGUACAUUUGAUUGCAAGAAGUAGCAAUACUUUUUUUUCAUAUUUUUUCGAAUACUGAAAAAUUGUACGAUGUUUUUAUAUUUCUGUGUGUUUGAAAAAGAAUGUUACAUUUUUUUUUUUUUGGUAACGGAGUGUUACAUAUCUAAUUGUUUAUUUCAUUCUUAUUAUUGAUGGAUAAUGAUAUCUUUGGUUAAUUGUUCUAUACCUUAAUAUUACAUUUCGCAUCGUAAUCGCAAUCACCGGAUUUAAUAUGUAAUUAUUUCUUUUUUGUAUAUUACACUGUAUGCAGCAUUGUUUUCCUUUUUUUCAUAUUACAAGCUACAUUCUGCCAAAAUUGUAAAUAGUACAUGUAUAAUGCGGACGUGUAAAAAAAAGGUCAUUGAACUGCGAGAAACUAAAGUAUGAUUGAUGUAACGAUAAUUAUUAUUCUUAACUCAUGUCGCUGAUACAGUGCAUUAAAUUAAUUAAACGUUUAUCAGAAUAGUAUAUUUUCAGAUAUAUGUGAUAAUAAAAAUCAAGCAAAACAAUUAUAAAUGUAAUCAAUCAAUGAUUAGAUAAGAAAAAUGGAUCAAGUGUAAUAUUUAAUCUUUGAUUUAAAGGCAUGAUUAAAAACAUUAAUCGUUAAGAUCAUUUCUUUUAUAAAAGAUUACGUAAGUUUGUUGAACUACUUGUAUGCAUAAUGAUGCUGUUUGCUGUUGAUGCGUUAGUAUCUCGACGUAUAGAUGAGCAUAAAUUUCAUGAAGUCUAUAUGUUAUUACAUAUUUCCUAAUUAUUACAUUUUGCGCUGCACCUGCUUUAUGAUGUGUAAAUGUAUUUUUAUGUCACCGGCAUUGUGUUAUUAUUUAUAAUUAUUUAUAAUUUAUUAUUUUAAUAUCAAGUAAGCACUUUGUAUUAACCAUAGACAAUAAUCUUUAUUCGAAAAUAAAGUUUACGAUAUAAUUUUA